GCCAUUUCAAUUACACCAGAAGAGUUCAUUCAUGCAGCUAUGCUGCCCUGAAUUGACAAUAAUCUUCAUUAGCAGGCACAAAAGCAAUUGAUCCAACAGCUAUGAUUGAAAAUGCUUCAUGGUCCAUAAUUCAUUUCAUGUAUUUCUCAGCAAACAAAAAUAUUUCUCGACGUACUUAGAGGAUACUUGAAGAAAUCAGUUUCUCCUGAUCCCUUUCUAAUGGAUUCAAAUCCCCUACGAUACACUUUCAACGAUGAUCAACCAUCAUGUAAUUCGUAUUGGGUGAUCUGCUAUUGAGGGUAAUUGAGAAAUCCGUUCCAAUGGUGUCAACCAGCAACAAACAUUUUGAAGAUAAACAUUGACGCGAUUUGUGGCUGCUUUUGCAAGGAGAUUUCCUUUUGUGAUGAAAGCCAAGAACCUUGAAGUUUUAGCUGCAAUGGAAGCUCUACAAUUUGCUGCGGCUAACAACUCUGUGAACCUCAUACUGGAAGGUGGUGCUCGAGGAGUAAUUAAGCAACUUGCAAAGAAGAUGAAGACUGCUCAUACCUGGGCUAAGUUUGCUCGUUCACUCGUAGAUGAGGAAGUGUGGAUGGAGGUGGCUCCCCACUUCUAG